AUGAAUACUUUAAGUUCCGAAGAUCGUAGCUGCAACGAAUGCCACAAAAGGAAUAUUGUCGACGAAAUGUUUUAUUGCAGUGAAUGUGGUUUUGAAAUUUGUGCUGUUUGUGCUUACAAAAAACAUCGUUUGCAUGAAGCCAUUCCGUUAUUGGAAAAGCAGGCUAACCAAAGGUUGAUGGAACUUCAACAAGAGUCACGAAAUGUCAUCAAGACGUACAAGGAUUUGGUUCCUGAACUACACAAGGGACUUCUCGAGGGCAUUGACAUCUUUGAAACGAAAUUGCUUUCGAAAGAGGAAACUCUCAAGGACGCAUCAACUUUUGCCGAUUUACAGAAGAGACACGAGUCGUUCACAAAAAUUAAGUCCAAGUUUGAGUCAUCCGCUGAGAAUUACGUGCCUCAUUUGCGCAAAUUCGAUGCUGAAAUCAAGCAAUUGAUUCGAACCCUCAACGAGACCCCUGAUGUC